AUGAUACGCAAAAAGGUGCUUGGGGUCGGCGUGACCUCCGCCACCAUGCUCGUGCAGGACACAGAGGCUGGCGGGGCGCUGCGCGUGCUGAAGCGCAUCAACGUUUCAUCAUGGGACACGGCGGAAGUGAUGGAGACGCACGAGAUGUUCAAGGCUAUUUCACUGGCAAGUAUUCCAUUCAUGGUAGAGCUGCACAGCGUUGUACUGCAGAGCUCCUUCCUGAACCUUGUUUCCUCCUACUGCACUGGGAACGUCCUGGAGGAGUAUAUGGAGGAGGUGCUGCAAGUCCCGCUGACCGAGGCAACAGCGCUGCGGUGGAUGCUGGCCAUCGCACUGGCCGUGGAGCAGCUGCAGAAGCUGAAGAACUGCUGCUUCUACGGCCUCUCACCGGACCGUGUCUUCGUUGCAGCAAACAUACCGGGCGGCAUCUGCGCCGGGCUGCCCAUGUCACGCGUGUCGUACUUCAAGUGGCUGAGCGACCGCAAGGCGCUCGGCGUGGCGGUGGAGCGUGAGUACCCGCCGGAGGUGGUAGGUAGCAACAAGUACCACCCACGCGCCAGUGAUGUGUGGCACCUCGGUCUGCUCGGCGUGAAGAUGCUCGGCGUGCACACCAGCUACAGGCACCGCUCCAGUGAGGCCCGCGCGCUCAUCGCGGCGAUGAUGGAGACUAACGUGGAGCGGCGACCCGGCAUCGCCAGCGUCGUGCGGGCACUCAAGGAGCUCAUCGACAAGGACAACGCGCCGCGGCCUGACCAUGAGGAAGUCAGCCCGGUGUCGUCAGCGCGCUUCGCCACGCCACUGUCGCCGCGCACGGGGCAGCAUGCGACGGCGCCCAGCGCCAAUAUAUCCGACAACUACGAAAGUGGCGUAUUGCCAGACGCACGACGCGACGAACCGCGGGAGAAACAACUGCCAGAAAACCAAGAUGGGGCAAUCCGGAGCGGGCGCCACAGGUUGCCGUCGAGCUGGCACCGCCGCGCAAUGGAACAGUUUGAGGAGCUGCAGCGGCUCAACGCGAGCCCGCCGCGCGGCAGGUCGCGGGGCGUCUUGCCGGGGGGCCAGCAAUCACGCUCAGCCUCUGCCGGGGCCAACCUCGUGCCUGUGCAAUCCCAGCGUGACGCAGCAUCGCCGCGUACGGUGUCAAAUCUCGCGAAGGCACAAGCUCAGCGUCGUGGCCGGAACGUGAACAACCCUCCUACUUGGACAGCGGCAGGAGGAGGGGGAAAUGGCGGGCGAUCAUUCACAAACAUUUCACAAUACUCGUCAAACCAGCAGGUGGAGCAGCAGCGACGACGGGACAUGCUCAAACACGACCAAGAAGAACGGAAGUGGAGACAACAGGAGAGGGACCGCUUGGCUCAGGACGUUCACCGUAACCAUAUGGACAAGAUGAAGACAAUACGAUCCAAACGAGGCGAGGAGACAAAGAAUGACAUACGCAAGCACAUAAAACAGUGGAAAGAGCAGCGUAACUCCACAAGGGACGAGAAUGUUAUUGUCAACGAGCAUGCAGGUGUCUCUGUCUUCGUCCCAAAGAGCGGUCCACCACCACCACAACAGCAACAAAGGCAGCCAAGCGCUGCUGCGAUGAAAAACAAAGAAAGUGUUAUUGUAUUAGCAACAAAAACGCGUAGAUCAACGGCUAUCGCCAGUACGAACGCAAUCACCACUAAAACCACGCCGCUGAUGGCACUGCAACGCCCAGUGAGCGCGCCGUCCCGCACAGUAUCCCCACCUGUCUGUGGGCCGACACGCUCCACAUCGGUGUAUCACGAACGUGGCAUUAGUCCCAACGUGCCUCAAACGCGCGCCAAUUUUUCCGCCAGAACGUCUCAGGCGGAGUCUGCUCGCGGGAAUGCAACACUGAAAAGCGCGUCAUCGGUCCAAUCAAACGGGGUUAGUGGUAGGUUAAUUAGCAAUGCAACUGCGAAUGGGGCGGUUGGCAUCCCACCACCGCUUCUGAGUGCAACAAGAAAUCUAGAGGAUUUAGGGCCGAAGAAAGACACGAUUGAGCGAAAUAAAGUCAAUAAAGUAAAUGGUGAGAGCGGUAGUGGGAGUGCUGGUCUAUUAGCAUCUCUCGAGCUCUCCAUCAGCAACCUUCGCGGGUCACUUGACACGCUACUGACGGACCGAAGUGUGUACCUAGAGGCCCUGGACGUUGUAAACGCCUUUUUGCUUCGACCCGAGGCUGAGCGCCACAAUCCGCGCUUCAAUGUGGUGUUUAUGAGCACGUUGCGCGAGCUGCUAGACGACGAUAAUCUCUUCUUUGCUGCCGGCCCGCUAUGCGCCCAGAUGGUGGCGCUGCAGGGCUUCUUGCAGGCAAGCAAAGCCAGUGAGAAAGUGACACACCCAGACAAGAAUUGA